CAGAGAGGGCAAUGCUAGCCUAGCCUCAGUUCAGUCCAGAUCACCGUUUGAAAGCUACUGGAUUUGGGAGCGUGUGUAAUUCUCAAAUAUGAACAACAGAACUUUUCCAGAAGAUAAAGCAUCUAUAGAAAUAAACGGGAUUGCUCACUGCUGAAACAUUGCAUGAAUUUUUAAUAAGUUCUGAACACUCAAGUUGUCUGUGGUCAGAUCAACUGCUGGUAUCGGAGAAGGCAAAAUGCAAGCUCCUAUUCCUAUAAUCCUAUCCAAAUGGAACCUUUACCUAACUCACGUUGUCCUAACCAAGGCUGCAGGAUUACCAGGAACACGGAUAGAGAGAGACUGCAAGAAAUAAACCCCAGUGUCAGAGAGAACACAGAGCAAAGUACAGAAGGCAUCUGAAGUGCUGAAGCUUAUUCCAACCACAUUACUGCUCCUCAAACAAACCACUGCCAGAUGCUGAGCAGAGAUGAGGCGAUAAGAGACCAGCCCAGAAGGAUUCUUUCACUCUUCGCGUCAUUCCUUGCACCAGGAUGGAAGGGGAAUCUUACCACAACGCCACUCCCGCCAAUGGCACCCCCAUAAGCCACCAGCCCCUGGGACGCCACGGCCUGCUGGAAGUCAUCACGAUCGCCACCGUGACAGCCGUGGUCAGCCUCAUCACCAUCGUGGGCAACGUCUUGGUCCUGAUCUCCUUCAAAGUCAACAGCCAGCUGAAGACGGUGAACAACUACUACCUGCUCAGCUUGGCCUGUGCGGACCUCAUCAUCGGGGUCUUCUCCAUGAACCUCUACACCACCUACAUCCUGAUGGGCCACUGGGCCCUCGGCAGCCUGGCCUGUGACCUUUGGCUGGCGCUGGACUAUGUGGCCAGCAACGCUUCUGUCAUGAACCUGCUGGUGAUCAGCUUCGAUCGUUACUUUUCCAUCACAAGGCCCCUGACCUACCGGGCCAAACGCACCCCCAAGAGGGCCGGGGUCAUGAUCGGUCUGGCCUGGCUCAUCUCCUUCGUCCUCUGGGCCCCAGCCAUCCUCUGCUGGCAGUACUUGGUGGGGGAGAGAACGGUGCCUCCACACGAGUGUCAAAUCCAGUUCCUCUCGGAGCCCACCAUCACUUUUGGCACUGCCAUCGCUGCCUUCUACAUCCCUGUUUCUGUCAUGACGAUCCUGUACUGCCGGAUUUACCGGGAAACAGAGAAACGAACCAAGGACCUGGCGGACCUCCAGGGUUCAGACUCUGCGGCUGCAGCUGAGAAAAGAAAGCCAGCUCCCAAGGCUCUGCUUCGCUCCUGCUUCCACUGUCCCCACCCCACCCUGGCUCAGGGGGAAAGGCACCAAGCCUCCUGGUCAUCCUCCCGCAGAAGCCCCUCUACCGCCAGGAAGCCCCCUCAAGACACUGGCCCCAGCAGCGAGUGGGCCAACUCUGAGCAGGUCACUACUUGCAGCAGCUACGCGUCCUCAGAAGAGGAGGACAAGUCUGCCACCGACCCAGUGGUCUUCCAGGUGGCCUACAAGAAUCAGGCCGAGGAAAGCCCGAAGGAGGAAUUUGGUUCUGAAGAUGCCCAGGAGACAUUUAUGAAAGACCAGGCUGGCAAAAAUGACUAUGACACUCCAAAAUUCUUCCUGACUCCGGCUGCUGAUGUUAGAGCAAAGAGCCCAAAAUGUGUGGCCUACAAGUUCAGGUUGGUGGUAAAAGCGGAUGGGACCCAAGAGACCAACACCGGCUGUCACAAGGUGAAAAUCAUGCCCUGCUCCUUCCCAGUGUCCAAGGACCCGUCAACCAAAGGCCUCGAUGCCAACCUCAGCCAUCAAAUGACCAAACGGAAGAGAAUGGUCCUGAUCAAAGAGCGGAAGGCAGCCCAGACCCUGAGUGCCAUCCUCCUGGCCUUCAUCAUCACGUGGACCCCUUAUAACAUCAUGGUCCUGGUUUCUACCUUCUGUGACAAGUGUGUCCCAGUGGCCCUGUGGCACCUGGGCUACUGGCUGUGUUAUGUCAACAGCACGGUCAACCCGAUUUGCUACGCCCUCUGCAACAGAACCUUCAGGAAGACCUUUAAGAUGCUGCUUCUAUGUGGAUGGAAAAAUAAAAAAGUGGAAGAGAAGUUGUACUGGCAAGGGAACAGCAAACUCCCUUGAAACGUUUACAACUCCCCUCAAAAGAAGGACCACUGUCAACCUCCUUUAAGAUCCCCAGAGUCAAUUCUGGUUUAAUUUCCAAAAAUACCCAUCG